AUGGCGUGCCGAAAAAGAACCAUCAGAGAAGUGGCUUCAUCCCAUAAUUCCUUCAAGCAAGAGGCAGAAUCAGCAGAAAACAGCGAUUUUGCUCGACCUAGCAAUGGUGACGGCAAACCAGAAGACAGUUGCAAAAAGCAUUGUGUAGCCAUCAACCGUGAACACUCUUCAGCAUUAUUUACACCGUCUUCCAUGAUUCUAUCACCCGACGCUGUCAAGGAAGCUGGACUGAAGAUUCUACUGGAAACCGAACGGUUAGUGAAUCCUCAGCAUCAGUCUGACAUUGCCCGUAACGAAGAUGAUGGCAAUGAUGAGCAUGAGGGUGAGAACGAUGCUAACAAUGAUACCAGCAGCAACAAGACAAGACAGGUGGCAGCUGGUGCUUCCCUGAAUCUCCCCUUGGUCCCAGAUCAGUUCAGUCCCCACAAAGCUUGGAGCGAACAAACAGCAAAGUGGUCCUACGAUGUCUUGGAUCACUUGCAAC